UGAAUAUCGAUAAAAUUUCCUUCUUUAUUAUCUCUGGAAAAACCGAUAUUCAAUCAUCAGAAAUCAAAAUCUUGAAAUUAAGGAAACAAAGAGAAGAGGUUUAUCAAUGGCGCAGUAUUACCAGCAGCAAGCUAUGACAGGAACGUACCCGCCACCGCUGUCGGCACCGUAUGAAGCGGCGGCACAACGGCCGUACGUGACGGCGCCGCCGCAGAUGGGAUAUCCGGUGAAAGAUCAGCCGAUGGGUUACCCUGAAACCGCGCCGCCGCCUUAUCACCAGACUCAAAACAAAGGCCUCGGCGGGUGUUUGCAGGGAUGUUUGGCAGCUCUCUGCUGUUGCUGGGUUUUGGAUUGCAUCUUCUAGUUGAUUCUUCCGCCUUCCGUACACUUUCAUCUUUUUUUGUUUUGUUUUGAGAUUUCUGUGUCGUUGGUGUGUGUAUAUUCUUUGAUGGUUUAUGUUGUUAUUACAUUUUGUAUUUAGAAAAUAAAAUUACUCUAUUUGUUUGAAAAAAAAAUUAUAUAACCAAUCAUAUA